UCACAGGUGCUGUCGAGUCGGAGGCAGUUCCUGAGGAAGCAUGCUGCCCCCUUCUCUGCCUUCCUCACCGACAACUUUGACCGCCAGCACAGCUACCUGCGAAUCUCCCUCACUGAGAAGUGCAACCUUAGAUGUCAAUACUGCAUGCCUGAGGAAGGAGUCCCACUGACCCCCAAGGCUGACCUACUGACCACUGAGGAGGUCCUGACCCUCGCACGUCUAUUUGUCAGAGAAGGUGUGGACAAGAUCCGGCUCACCGGGGGGGAGCCGCUCAUCCGGCCCGACGUUGUGGACAUUGUGGCCCAGCUCCACCAGCUGGAAGGGCUGAGGACCAUUGGUGUCACCACCAAUGGUAUCAACCUCGCCCGGCUGCUGCCCAAGCUUCAGAAGGCUGGUCUCAAUGCCAUCAACAUCAGCUUGGACACCCUAGUGCCAGCCAAGUUUGAAUUCAUCGUCCGCAGGAGAGGAUUCCACAAGGUCAUGGAGGGCAUUCACAAGGCCAUCGAGCUGGGCUACAACCCUGUGAAGGUGAACUGUGUGGUGAUGCGAGGCCUAAACGAGGAUGAGCUCCUGGACUUUGUGGCCUUGACUGAGGGGCUCCCUCUGGAUGUACGCUUCAUAGAAUACAUGCCCUUUGAUGGCAACAAGUGGAACUUCAAGAAGAUGGUCAGCUACAAGGAAAUGCUAGACACAGUGCAGCAGCGGUGGCCAGAACUGGAGAAACUACCAGAGGAGGAGUCUAGCACAGCCAAGGCUUUUAAGAUCCCUGGCUUCCAAGGCCAGAUCAGCUUCAUCACAUCCAUGUCUGAGCAUUUCUGUGGGUCCUGCAACAGGCUGCGAAUCACGGCUGAUGGGAACCUCAAGGUCUGCCUUUUCGGGAACUCAGAGGUAUCUCUACGGGAUCACCUGCGGAUGGGAGCCUCUGAGGAGGAGCUGCUGAGAAUCAUCGGGGCUGCCGUGGGCAGGAAGAAGCGGCAGCAUGCAGGCAUGUUCAAUAUUUCCCAGAUGAAGAACCGGCCCAUGAUCCUCAUCGGUGGGUGA